UAUCGAUAACACCGCGGUGGUCACAAUCGCGAUUAGUCCAUCCCAGCACCAACAAGAAAAUAUGUAUAUUUAUAAUUAUAUGUAAAAAGUUAAAAGUCGCGUCGCACAAAGAUCGUCUUCUUUGUCUCCCCUGGAAAAGUCGGGCGGAGCGCCUGAAAUAUUUGUAGAGCGACUCAGCAGGCGGCGCAGCAGCAGCAGCAAACGCAACAACAUGUCAAGCACUCCCAACUCGAACAGCAGUAGUAGCAACAGCAGCCAGAAGCAGCAGCCCCUGCCCCAGAAGCAGGACACGUACAGCAGCGACAGCAGCGAGGAGGGACUCGAGACGGCCGAGGAGCGGAGGAGGCGCCUCCUGAAGGAACGCAGUCGUCUGAACCGACCGCAGCAGCACAACAUGGCCACGGGCGGCGGCGGAGGGGCAGUGCCCAAGCACGACAUCAAAUCCCCUGGCGGAGCUUCGCCCAGCUGCCAGGCAACGGGCUCCGGCCUGAACCGCCUGCAGGCACAGCCGCCGGAGCGAAUCUCCAUGCUGGUGGACGGCGUGCGGUUCACCGUGGAGCAGUCCCUGCUCACAGCCCACCCCACCACCAUGCUGGGCACCAUGUUCGGCUCCGGCUUCCAGUUCGCGCACGCCAACGAGCGGGGGGAGUACGACGUGGCCGACGGAAUCUCUCACCUGGUCUUCCGGGCCAUCCUGGAGUACUACAAGAGCGGCGUCAUUCGCUGCCCGCCCACUGUUUCGGUGCCGGAACUGAAGGAAGCCUGUGAUUAUCUGCUCAUUCCCUUUGACGCCACCACCGUGCGCUGCCAGAACCUAAGAGGCCUUCUACACGAGUUGAGCAACGAAGGAGCGCGACUGCAGUUCGAGCUCUUCCUGGAGGAUCUCAUACUGCCGCUCAUGGUGGCCUCGGCGCAGCGCGGGGACCGCGAGUGCCACGUAGUGGUGCUCUUGGAAGACGAUAUGGUUGAGUGGGACGAGGAGUUUCCGCCCCAGAUGGGCGAGGAGUACUGCCAGACUGUUCACAGCACUGCCAUGCACCGAUUCUUCAAGUACAUUGAGAACCGCGAUGUGGCCAAGCAGGUGAUGAAGGAUCGCGGGCUGAAGAAGAUCCGCUGCGGCAUCGAGGGCUACCCCACCCACAAGGAGAAGAUCCGCAGGCGACCCGGCGGUCGGGCCGAGGUGAUCUACAGCUACGUGCAGCGGCCGUUCAUCCACAUGUCCUGGGAGAAGGAGGAGGCCAAGAGCCGCCACGUCGAUUUCCAGUGCGUGAAGUCCAAGUCCGUUACGAAUCUCGCAGAGGCGAAUGCCGAUCCGCCCCUGGAAUUGGACGCAAGUGGAAACCCCAUUCCUCCCAUCGCAGUGGUUAAUGCAGAGAUAGCCGUUGGCGUGGCCGCCCCCGCACCGGCAGCAAUGGGCGUGGCUGGUCCCGUAGCCGUGGUGGCCGUCGACGAGGCGGCCGGAGGCGUUGUGAUGCUCAACGAGCUGGAUCAGGCGGCAGCAGCAGCCGGGGCCGCCGGCAUAAUCGAGGAGAACAUGUAGGACCGACCGCAUUGAGGGCGAAACACACUGCCAGAGCAGCAGCAGCGCGCACAGAAAAAACAGAAGACCCUUUCUACGUUUUUCAUCAACAUUUUUAUAUAUGCAAUAAAUCGAAAUUUCGAAACACAAAACCAAUUAAAUCCGAGAACGAACAUGAACAAAACAA